UUUAUUUUUGUUUGACUUUAUUAUUAAAAAUAAUGUGUUUUUUAAUUAGCAUGUGGUACCGAAAUUGGUACCGAGAACCGUGUAUUUUGACUGGUAUCGGUACCGAAUACUGAAAUUUUGGUACCGUGACAACACUACUUUACUGCUAUUUAGGAGAAAUCUUAGUGGUAAGAUAAAAUAUUUUGUGAAUAUGGACCCUGGUUUGUAGACUGUGUGCCUUGAGACACCUCAAGACCAAAUAAGAAAAGCAUUCACAUGCCUUUCCAGUCACAAGUCAUGCCUCCCACUCCCAGACCCAUCACUGUUUUUUUUUUCUUUUUCUUUCUCCUGAAAGUCAUGUGAUUUAUUGAAAAGUGAGAUCAGAUGUCUGACAUCUCAGUUGAAUACAGAUCCUUUCUGAUUGGCUGACAUGCAUCUUAUGCAACAUCAGUGCACUUAUUUAAGUCCGCACAGUAUAGUAGCAAAAGAAUUAAAGAAAACAAGACACAUACUAUAUAUAAUAUCCAGCAGAAAAACUCAGUUUGCUGUUUGGAACACGGAUUUUCUCAGUUCCUCCAUUUUCCUCUACUACUAUGGGUGUGGCAGAUGAACUGUGCGAUGAGCUGUUCCGUUGGAUUUAUCAGCAGGAGAAAUGUGCAGAUGAUCUCGAGGCUUUGGCCACCGAGCUGGAGGAGAUGAGGGAGGUGAUGACUACAGGCCAGUUGGUGGGAAACACAGCAACUGUGCUUGGGUCUGCCACCCUUGUUGGAACAGGCAUUGCAACAUUUCUGACUGGAGGCCUGGCUGCACCCUUGCUGGCAGCGGCAGCUGGUAUCACAGUUGGAGCGGGUACUGCAACUAGUCUUACACUUUCGCUCGUGGAGAAAUGGAAAUCCAGUAAAAAAAUGGAAAAUGCAGAGAAGACUACUAAUAAAAUCAAACAGAUUCAGAACAAUAUUGAAAGGCUCCAGAAGAAACUCCAGAAGGAGUGUGAGAGUGAAGGCUUUAAAGCGUCAUCCUCCGAUGACGUGGAGUGUGAAAUCACAGUGAGAAUCCUGAGAGCCAUGGGCAAACGUAGUGGUAGAGAUCUGCCCCUCAGUCGCCUAAGGCACCUCUUCAGUAUUGAUGGCAUGUAUACACAUCACAGAUAUGGGUUUCAUCCAGACAUUGCAUUCUUCUGCACUGUCAGUUCUUUGGUAACAUUCCUUGGAUAUUCUGCCGUCUUUCUGAAAACAGCAGCAACAAAAGGACAAAAAUAUUAUACUCCACUUUUUGUGAAAGCUACUGAAGGAAUGGUUGAUCUUUCAAUCAAAGCUGUAUUAAAGGGAACAGGCCAGGCCGCAGGAGGAAUAUUUGGGCUGAUAUUAACAGUUCCCGAUCUGAUUGAUAACUGUGAAGAACUGAUUAAAAACAAACAUCAGACUGAAGCUAGCAAAUUUCUGAAGACAAAAGCUAAAGAAAUCCGUGAGACUGCAAAAAAAUUUAAAAAGCCAUUGAAUGAAUUGCAAGAGAUGCUCAGUCAAAUCCCUGAAAUAGAGUGUCACAUUGAUUUGGCUCAGGAGAUGUUUGGAUCUCAAAUAUACACACAAGGCACCAUUUGUGUGGAGUAUAAACAGACCCAAAAGCAGGACAGGAAGACACAGAGGUUUAUUUUCCUAUGCACAAAAGACAUAGGAGUAACUAAGUAUGGUUCCACAUGUAAAGACAAAUCAGGUAACAACAAGAACAAAAGACAGAAGAAGAAGGCUACUUCAACUGAAGACAGGUACCUUAACCAGGAGAGGAAAACUGCUUUUCUGAGGAAACCACCACACAAGUCUAAAACAAAAGUAAAGGAAUUUCAGUUCCGCCUUCCUAAAAUAAUGAUGUCUAAUGUGCGUUCUCUUCCAAACAAAAUAGAGGAGCUCGAAGAAAUGAUGGAAGAUGCGGAAAACUUUAAUUCCGAUCUGAUGUUCUUCACAGAGACAUGGUUGAAUAGGAACUCACCCAGCAUUAGCUUGGAGGGAUAUAUGUCUUACAAGGUUGAUCGUGAUGCACGGCUAACUCAGAAACAUAGAGGAGGGGGAUUGAUAAUGCUUGUGAAUGAGGUCUGGGCGACUGAUGUGGAGGUGGAAAACAUCAUGAUUACUCGAGAUUAUGAGUUAAUGGUUGUGUCCAUUAUACCAAAUGAACACCCUGAGGGUGCUCCACCACUUACCUUCAUCCAUGUGUAUAUCCCAGGACCUAAUAUUACUCAAGCUGCCACUGACAUUGCUGGUAUUUAUUAUGAUGCUCUGGAGAAGUAUCCUGGUGGUCCUGUUUUCUUAUUGGGUGAUUUCAACCGGUGUGACAUCACUCAUCUCUUGGACCUGGAGCAAUAUGUCACAUGCCCAACCAGAUACAGUAACACCCUGGAUAAGUGCUAUGGGAAUGUGCCAGGGGCUUAUAGAUCUGUAUGCAGACCCCCGCUUGGCCGGUCAGACCACAAUGUCAUUCAUUUGAUUCCUAAAAAAAAGUCGGAUGAAAGUGAUCCUUCCAAAGAUGAGAAGUGUACACACGACAAAACCAAACCCAGAAAGCAAUGAGAGGCUGCGCAACAGUUGUACUUCUGUUGUUUUCAUGUAGCACCGUGGUCCUGGAGGAACAUUGUUUAGUUUCACUGUGUGCUGUACUAGUAUAAGAUAGCUUGUUUUGUCCUAUAGAUGCAGGUGGCAUCUAACUACUUUCAAUUAACUUAUUGAGUAUAAAAAGUAAUUUAGAAAAAAGAAGACAGGAUUAUAGUGGGAACUGGUCUGAAUACUGGCACAACAAUGAGGAACAACAAAAUUCUCCUUUGAAUGAAGAAAAUUAAAUGAAGGAAACUGUUGCUUGAUAUGCAUAAAGGUCCCCUUAAGUGCUUUGAAACACACAGCGUUAUUCUGUGUGGUGACGUAAUUUCAACUGAAACAGGAAGACAAGACGGGCAGCCCCGUCCCCCUUUUUAAAAUAGCCAAUACCGUUUUGUUUAUAUCUGCUCGGGCCAGAGCCGUUGAGCUCGGUAAAACCGCAUUUGACUUGAAAAAUGACAUGUGACUUAAAAAAAAAGAAAUGCUACCACCUUGCUAGUCUACAAUUUUAAUCAAACAAAUAUCUUUUCUACUUACAGUAAUACUGCUAAAAGAUAUUCAAUCACUGAAGUUUACCAUUAUAACCAAAAAUGACCUGUAAAUGUGUUGAUUACAUUGAAAGGACCAGGACUCUGAUGCAGUCUGGCUGUGAAUGGUACCAUUAAUUAUUCACUGAAGAGAAAAACAAGAGAGCAUUCACAAGCUCUGGGGUGGUGGAAGUUCACUGAAGAAUCCUCUGUAAACCAAGUGCAAGAUAAAUCCUGAGGAGAGGAUGGAAACUGUUAAUUCAAGGAAAUGCCUUAACUACUAAAUCCCCAGGAAGAAUGGUUCAGUGGGUUCACUUUAAACUAUUCGCCUUCUUGAACUCUCUCAAUCUACUUUUAUGUGAUACUGAUAAACACACACCAAUUAGUAUCUAACUUUGAGCGCAAUCCUAAUCAUAAACUGUAGCCUAUUACGUAAAACAUUGAGCAUACAUAUUUUACACUGUGUUAAGACUUCUAGUGGAACAGAGAGUAAAGUUUGUUUGUGUGUGUGUGUGUGAGAGAGAGAGAGAGAGAGAGAAACAAUAGAAGCCCAAUAGAAACCAUCACAGAAAUUCCAAUGGUUUCCAUUAAAAUACCAUUAUGAACCAUUAACAUUUCCCAGUAAAACCAUUGCAAAAUUCCUUUUUAUAGUGUGUUUUGGGCAUUUUUCCAAUAGGAUUUAACAU